GUCUCACAAUCAUUCAAAGGAAAAAUCUCAUUUAUAUACAUUUCUUUCAUGCCCCUACCCCACAUUAUUCUUGUCAAAUUUCUACUAGGUAAACUGUGACAAAAUAAGCAGACUAUUACCCUAGUUUAAUCUCACAUUCAUCAAUCAAAUUUGCUGCAUUUUUGUUCCUUAGAUUGCAUUCUUUGAUUUUUCUAGGCUUUAUUUGAGAAAUCCAAGAAAAUUUGUCGACUAAUCUUGAGUUAAUUUGAGAAAUUUUUUUGUGGGGUUACAACAAAAUGGCUGGUUGUUCAUCAGGUAUCAGGUUUACUCACUUUACAUCUCUGAAAAAUGAAAUCUUUAUCAUGGGGUCUAUUAAAGACUCAAACUUUAUGUUUGUUAAGAAUCAAGAUUUUGUUGGUAUGAACAAAAUUGGUUAUUUGGUUUGUCAGAACAAUAAUAAGUCAAGAUUUUUGGUUAAGAGUUCAUUGAAUCAAGAGGGUAACUCAAAAUCUAGUGUUAGAGUGGAAACAGUACUUAAAGAGAAUGAUAGUACUUAUAUAGGGAAAGAUGUUAGUGUUCUUGAUGUUGAUGAUAAUGGGGGCGUUGAUGGGAAAGGAGAAUUAGUUGAUGGAAAUGGUGGAAAUGGGAAAUAUCCUGGUAGUGGUGGGCCUGGUGGCGGUGGCGGAGGAGGGGAUAAUGAAGAUGGUGGUGAUGAGGAAGAAGAGGAAUUUGGGCCAUUAUUGAAGUUUGAGGAUGUGAUGAGAGAGGCAGAGGCACGUGGGGCUAAACUUCCUGCUGAUAUGAUUGAGGCUGCAAAGAGUGUUGGGAUCAGAAAGCUACUUUUGCUUAGAUAUUUGGACUUGCAGGGCUCAGCUUGGUUCGGAGCAGCAAUGAGGUCUUGUGCUAUGCUGCGAAACAGAAUGUUGGCUGAUCCAUCAUUUCUCUUCAAAGUUGGAACUGAGAUAGUCAUUGAUACUACUUGUGCAACGGUUGCGGAAGUUCAAAAGAGGGGCAAAGAUUUUUGGACGGAAUUUGAAUUGUAUGCUGCAGAUAUGUUGGUUGGUGUUGCUGUCAAUGUAGCUCUAGUUGGGUUGCUAGCACCAUAUGCUCGAAUUGGGCAACCGUCUGUAUCUCAAGGGUUUGUUGGUCGUUUCCAGAGAGCUUAUGGAGCACUUCCAAGCAGUGUUUUUGAAGCCGAAAGGCCAGGUUGUAGAUUUUCAGUGAAUCAGAGAAUUGCUGCUUAUUUUUAUAAGGGCAUUCUAUAUGGAUUCGUCGGGUUUGGAUGUGGUAUCAUUGGCCAAGGAAUCGCAAACAUGAUAAUGACUGCCAAGAGGUUUGUUGCUUACGGGAGCGUCAAGAAAUCCGAGCAUGAUGUUCCUGUUCCACCUCUUAUAAAGAGUGCAGUACUUUGGGGUGUCUUCCUAGGAGUUUCUUCAAACACCAGGUUACAGAUCGUGACUGGGCUAGAACGUCUGGUUGAAUCUUCCCCAAUGGGAAAGCAGUUUCCACCUGUUGCAAUGGCAUUCACAGUUGGUGUGCGAUUUGCCAACAAUGUAUAUGCAGGAAUGCAGUUCGUGGACUGGGCAAGGUGGAGCGGUGUGCAGUAACUUUAUCUUUGUGCUUCUUUUCUCUUUCGGCCAUUCUUAGGGGGUCAUCAGUGGUUCUUCACUUCCCUCCAACUUGGCUCGAAACUGAGACCUAACUGUUAGAGAUGGAGGUGACUCAUCACUAGGCCAACUCGUGUUGUCACUUGUUUGUGCUUCUAGUCUAGUUCAAUAAUUCCAUCUAUGUUGUAUUGUGCUUCUAGUCUAGUUCAAUAAUUCCAUCUAUGUUGUAUUCUAGUUGAUUUGGGGAUUCGGUUAGACCAAUAACAAAGAAAUAUGUUUGCUCCUA